AUGGUGCCCUGGGGGCUCCUCGUGACUGGCGCCUCCUUCGCCGCGUUCCGGGGGCUGCACUGGACGCUGCAGCUGCUGCCCACGCCGGGAUCUGCUGCCCAGGACCGUUGGAAGUGGCGGAACAUCUGUGUCUCCCUGGUGCACAGCCUGCUCACAGGGGUCGGGGCGCUGCUCGGGCUCUCGCUGUACCCUCAGAUGGCUGCUGACCCGAUUCACGGCCACCCCCUCUGGGCCCUGGUGCUGGUGGCUGUGUCUGUGGGUUAUUUCUUGGCCGAUGGAGCUGACAUGCUAUGGAACCAGACCUUGGGCCAGGCCUGGGAACUUCUCUGUCAUCAUUUGGUGGUAGUGAGCUGCCUCAGCACCGCCAUUCUGUCCAGCCACUACGUAGGCCUCUCUAUGGUGUCUUUGCUCCUGGAGCUGAACUCCGCCUGCCUACACCUACGAAAAUUGCUGCUGCUUUCCCACCAGGCCCCAUCCCUGGCCUUCAGCAUGACCAGCUGGGCCACCCUGGCCACCCUGGCCCUCUUCCGCCUAGUGCCUCUAGGGUGGAUGAGUCUGUGGCUGAUCCGGCAGCAACAUCAGGUGCCUCUUGCUCUGGUCAUCCUCGGUGGAACUGGGCUGGUUACUGUGGGUACCAUGAGCGUCAUGCUGGGUGUCCGUAUUUUGGUCAGUGAUGUCCUACGGUCUCGAUCCCGCCCACCCAUCCCUGGGCACAAGGAACCCAGGGGCCCGAGGAGAUGUUAUGAUGGUGAGCUUGCCACCAGGGACGGUUCCAUUCUCAGCCUGAAAGACUAG